AUGACAUCGUUCGGAGCAACAGAAAUAGUUCGAAAUACUAAUGCAAAUGGUCAACAAUUCAAUUCUACAUUCAAAAUCAGAGGCCAAGUUUAUCAUAAAAUGGGCUCACUGCUGCCAAUGCCAAACGAACCACAUAAAUUCUUACAAAUCUACUUUAUGGGCGGCGAGGAUUCCGGGAGCGCACUUGCCAAUCGCGUGAAUGCACGUUGUGAUUAUAACCACCUUGAUUCACUUUAUGCCAGGCGCAUCGUCAGCGAGCUAGAUGCUCUUUUGAACGAGCACAACGAGUUGUUGAAAAUAUUCAAAUCACAUAUGCACCAAUUACAAAGCGAUAAUCACGCUAUCGUCAUUAAUCCUGAUAAAACACCAGCUGGAGAGCAUAUUCGUAGAUUCAAUGCACCCGUUGUUGAUGAUGUUGCUGGAAUCAUGGUUGGCGAUUGUACAGCUGCACGAGAAAUUCUGAUUCGUAAAAGAAAUAAUAAUCUUCAGUUCAUUGCUGACACACAUCGUUCAUAUGACGCUCUCCAAUAUCCGCUAAUAUUCUGGAAGGGACAAGACGGAUAUUGCAUAAACAUAAAACAACGUGAACCCGUAUCAGGAGCUGAAACAAACAAGAACGUUAGCUCAAAGGAUUAUUAUGCGUACCGAUUAAUGAUUAGACGUGGCCUGGACAACGUCAUUUUACGAUGUCGUGAGCUUUGUCAACAAUUCAUGGUCGACAUGUACGCGAAGAUUGAGAGCGAACGACUACGAUACUUACGAUAUAAUCAACAAAAGCUGCGCGCGGAAGAGUACAUUCAUUUGCGAGACGCUAUCAACAACAACGCCGACGUCGCCGAAAUUGGUAACCAUGUCAUUUUACCAUCAUCGUACGUAGGCAGUCCACGUCAUAUGCAAGAAUAUAUACAGGAUGCUCUGACUUGCGUGCGCGAAUAUGGACGACCAUGUUUAUUUAUCACGUUCACAUGUAAUCCAAAAUGGCCAGAGAUUACAUCUUUGCUGCUGCCUGGCCAAAAUGCAAUACAUCGCCAUGACAUUACAGCACGUGUGUUCAGACAAAAGUUUAAGUCUUUAAUAAGUUUCAUUACUAAAUCACAUGUAUUUGGUCCCACACGUUGCUGGAUGUAUUCGGUUGAGUGGCAAAAGCGAGGAUUACCUCAUGCACACAUUUUGGUUUGGUUCAUCGACAAAAUCCGUCCUGAAGAAAUCGGUAGUAUCAUUUCUGCGGAAAUUCCAGAUCCAUCCACUGACCAACUGCUGUUUGAUAUUGUUACAACAAACAUGAUUCAUGGUCCAUGUGGUACUCUUAAUAGUUCAUCGCCUUGCAUGGCUGAUGGAAAAUGUACUAAAAAUUUCCCUAAAGAUUUUACCAAUGAUACGGUCACAAAAGUCGACGGAUACCCAAUAUAUCUUCGAAGAAAUCCUGAAAAUGGCGGACAGUCAUUUAUUAAAAAUAUCAUCAACACAGACAUUUGA